AUGUACCCUUGUCAUUUCCGGGAGCCCACGCUCACCUAUGUGAGCCCGACGUGCGACGGGGAGCUCGACAAAAUCCUGGACUCCCUGAUCAAGCCAGACUACGCCGAGGCGCUGUGGCCGCCUGCGUAUUGCCCCAGUUACGAGCCGGCUGCCAAUUGCUACACCUUUCAACCUGGCUGCUACGUGUAUCAAAAGAACUUGGCCAACGUCCGGGAAAGGAGGGAAGACGCUAGGACGAAGCGCGACAGUCGAAAGACCUUGACAUGCGCCGUUUGCGGCGAUCGAGCUGCCUACGCGCAUUACGGUGUCGUGAGCUGCGAGGGGUGCAAGGGAUUUUUUAAGAGGACCGUCCAGAACGGCAAGACUAAUUUGAUGUGCGCGAAGGAGGGGGACUGUGAGGUCAACAUCAAGACGCGCUCUUGGUGUCGCGCCUGUCGAUGGCAAAAGUGCCUGGCAGUUGGAAUGGUCCGCGAAGUUGUGCGACGUGGCGCGCUGGCUGGGCGUCGCGGCAAGUUGCCGAGAACUGCCGUUUUUGCU